CUUCUUCUAAAUGUACGAAGAUGUUUCCUACUCUUUUGUUUCUAAAAAUGCCCCUUGCCCUUCCAAUAAAUCACUGCCCCACCCCAUGCCCCUUCCUAACCGACAGAAUGAAUCACUCCAACGUAAACGAUACAAACCAACACCCUUUCCCAAUCGAUGCACUGCAACACUCUAAUGUAAACGUUACAAAACAACAGCACCCUCCUCUGCCCUCUGCAAAAGGCAUUACACCAUCCCCAUGUCUGCCCGAUCUCCUCAACCGCUUAACUCCACUAGCAGACGUCCAAGGCUCCACCUACAGAAACAUACCGGACUCAACUCAGGUGCAUUCCAACAGAAAGUCUAGCUUGGUUCUUUGGAGUGUUGGUCAUUUUUCAGUGGCAUUGAUGAGCUUUACUUGUACGUAAUCAGAAGAGAUAAGCUCUAUUAUCCACUUUCUUAGAUGAGGGCUAUGAGCAUUUCUUUUAUCUACACUUUGCCUUUUAUUUUUGUUCUCUUUUGUCGUUACUUAGGCUUGGCGCAACGGUAAAGUUGCUUCAUUGUGACUUGGAGGUCAUGGGUUCGAGUUGUGGAAACAGCCUCUCUGCUUGCAGGAGUAAGGCUACGUACAUCAACUCUUCUCCAGACCUUGCAAUGCCGGGAUCCUCGUGCACUGGGUUUGCCCUUUGCCUUCUCUUUUACCUUACUCUUUUACAUCUAAUUACUAUUGGGUUUUGUUUAUUUGUAUUUUAUGUCAUCCCUUUUCCUUGUCAUCCUCUUAUCUUAGGUUUUUAUAUUUGAUUGUGCUGGUUACCAAAGGAAAAAAAAAAGAAAAAAGAAAAAAGACCAAGGAAAAAAAAAUUAAAAAGAGAAGUCAAAAUUUCCCUUUUAACUUG